AUGUAUAAACUAAAAAUGAUAGAAAAUGAAAAAAAUCUUCAUUGUUUAAUGAAACAUGGAUUACCUGUCUCAAUGGUUAUUCUAGAUUCUAAACUAACAUAAAAUUAAAGACUUUUGUGUUAGGAAUGCAUUGAUAAUUUCGAAUCAGAGUAAUAAUAUAAGACAAUUGGAUUUAAAAAAAUUGUUUAGAAGAUUGAAGAGAAUAAAUAGUAAUAAUUAAAUAUUAUAGAAAAUCUAAUUAUAAGUAAUAUUAAAUAAGUUGAAUCAUUUUAAAUUGAAAUGAAUAAUUUAAAAUCUAUGAUUAUUUAAUAAUUAGAUCAAUUAAUUAAUAAUACAAAAGAUUGGAUAUUAAAUUUAAAAUAAAUAGGAUUUUAAUAUUCAGAAUAUAGUUUCUUUAAAGAAUUAGAUUUAAUAAUAAUUAAUUAAUAAAAUA